AUGGGGAGUCAACCUACACCAAGGUGUAUCAUUGUCCGUCACGGACAGACGGAAUGGUCCAAGUCCGGACAGUAUACGGGUCUUACGGAUCUUCCUUUGACGGAGUUUGGCGUCGGACAAAUGAGAAGAACUGGUCAAGCGAUCUUCGGGUACAAGUUCAUUGAUCCAUCUCAUAUCACUUACAUCUUUACGUCGCCACGCAAAAGAGCUAGACAAACAGUUGAUUUGGUUUUGGAGACGGUACCUGCCCAGUUGAAGAAAAAUAUCCGGAUUGUGGUGGAUGAAGACAUUCGCGAGUGGGAGUACGGUGAUUACGAAGGUUUGCUGACAUCUGAGAUCGUUUCUUUGCGAAAGUCGCGUGGUCUCGAUCAGGAAUGUCCCUGGAAUAUUUGGAGGGACGGAUGUGAGAACGGCGAAACGACGCAGGAGGUUGGUCUAAGACUGUCGCGCGCGAUUGCGCGUGUCCAGAACUUGCACCGGAAGCACCAAGAAGAAGGAAUUCCAUCUGAUAUUAUGGUUUUUGCGCAUGGCCAUGCAUUGCGUUAUUUUGCUGCUUUGUGGUUCAAAAUGGGCGUGGAGGUACCAUGCGACGGCAAGGAUCCAAUUCCGGCUACUUACAACGACCCGACGGUGCCCUACGUUCCGUUGACUACCUUCAGACACUUGAUUGACAAUCCUAACUUCUUGUUAGAUGCUGGUGGAAUUGGGGUUUUGUCGUACUCUCAUCACUCGAUUGAAGAACCGGCGCUCACAUUGGCCGGCAGUUUCGUUUGUCCCCCUGAAGAAGAAUCUCAACACGGAGAUGUCAAGUUGGCUUAA